AUGAUGAAGCCGCUUUCUCCUUUCCUGAACCGUACUCCUGUGAGUAUUCGUUCAGCAAUAGAUCAAGCAAUGGGGGCAGUCAAGACCAUUGCACCGAAGUUUGGAGGCUUCCUGCCACGGCAGAUGAGAAGAGCUCUGGUAGGAUGCAUCUCCUGUCUGGUCAUCGUCAUUUACCUUUCAGUUGCUGGUGCCUUCUCCGAGUCGAAAAGCGAAUAUUCUCACAGUCUCGCUGCCCCAACAAUGGAAAAGUUUCCCCGCAAAAUCUGGCAGACUUGGAAGGUUGACCCUCUGGAUUUCGACAAACGAGACUUGGAUACCGCAAAGAGCUGGGUAUCUAAGAACCCCGAGUACCGAUAUGAAGUUUUGACCGACCACAACGACAUGUACUAUGUUGAAACGCACUUUGGCCCUGAAGGCUUCAACCGACCGGACAUCGUCGAUACCUACCGCCAGCUCACUGCAAAGAUCAUCAAGGCUGAUUUGCUCAGAUACCUCGUCAUGUAUGUUGAUGGCGGUGUCUAUACCGAUAUUGAUGUCGAGGCAAUCAGACCAAUCAAGCGAUUCAUCCCGGAGCGGUACAACGAGAAGGACAUCAACAUGGUCAUCAGUGUCGAGAUCGAUGAGCCAAGCUUCAGUGACCACGCCAUCCUGGGCCAGAAAUCGAAGUCCUUCUGUCAGUGGACGUUCAUGUGCAAACCCAAACUUCCCGUUAUGAUGAGACUUGUCGAUAACAUUCUCAAGUGGCUCAAUGGUGUUGCAAAGAAGCAAGGCAAACCGAUAUCAGAAAUUGUCCUUGACUUUGACGAAGUUAUCAGUGGCACUGGACCGUCUGCCUUUACCAACGCAAUCUUGCAAGAGAUGAGCGAGAAUGUUGGUGAGCCCGUCAAAUGGGACACGUUCCAUGAUAUGCAUGAAUCUAAGCUCGUGGGAGGCUUCCUAGUCCUCACCGUCGAAGCAUUCGCCGCUGGACAGGGCCACUCUGACUCUGGAAACCACAAUGCCCGAGCUGCUCUUGUCAAGCAUCACUACCAUGCAUCUGAAUGGCCAAAGAAUCACCCACGAUACAACCACCCUGUGUAUGGUGAAGUUGAAAAGUGCAACUGGGAUAGAGGUUGUGUCGAAGAAUGGGAUAAAAACACUGCCGCUUUCAAGGAACUCUCGCCCGAAGAACAGGCCAAGAAGAUAGCUCUUGCAAAGCUCGAAGUUGACGCUCCACCACCCAAGGUGCCUGAGGUCCCAACAUGGAACCAGCCCCUGCCAGGAGCGGUACAGCAGCCCAACGGACAACCCCAACCCCCUCAGGUUCCCCAGCAAGUACCAGUUGAAGGCCAGCCCAUUGUGCAAAACCCACCCCAGCAGCAGCCACAGCAACCAGGCCAGCAGUUCCAGCAACCCCCAAUGCAACCACAGCAGCCAGGCCAACAGGUACAGCAAGCACCGCCCACGCAACAGCAGCAACCUGGACAGCAAAUUCCUCAAUCUCCACCACAGCAGCAACAACCAGGGCAACAGUUGCAACCCCAGCCUGGACAGCAACUACAGCAGCCACCCACGCAACAGCCACCAACGCAGCAGCAACCGGGCCAGCAGCAACCAGGGCAGCAAUUCCAGCAACCACCACCACCACAGCAGCAGCAACCUGGUCAGGCGUUACAACAGCCACCACCACCAACACAGCAGCAGCAACCCGGACAGGCAUUGCAACAGCCACCACCACCAACACAGCAGCAGCAACCCGGACAGGCGUUGCAACAACCACCCCCGCCACAACAGCAACAGCCCGGACAGCAACUGCAGCAACCUCCACCCCAGCAACAACAGCCUGGACAGCCAUUGCAACAGCCACCACCACGCCAGCAACAACCCGGACAAGGCCCGCCUGAACAGCCCAAGGCACCUUCAGAUAAUGAACAACAACCUAAGACGCCCCAGCCUGAUGCACCUGCAUCUCCAGACGGACCAGAAAAGCUUGAUGAUAAAGACCUCAAGGAAAUUGCGGAUCUCAACGAUGAGCUCAACAACCUCGAAGGCUCUGAGAAGAAAAAGCGCGACCCCAAAGCUGAGCCUUGA